CGCGGCGCCGGAGCCCGGCGCAAAGUGAAACUCCUGGAAGCUGCUCGCCCUCGGGCGGGCCCCGGCCCCGGCUCCCUUCCACGCCCGGCGCCCAUGGCACUGAGCAAAGGGCUGCGGCUGCUGGCGCGGCUGGACCCCACGGGUCCCUGCAGUGUGCUGCUGGAGGCGCGCGGCCGUGGCGACUGCCUGCUCUUCGAGGCCGGCGCGGUGGCCACGCUGGCUCCGGAAGAGAAGGAAGUCAUUAAAGGACAGUAUGGCAAGCUGACGGAUGCCUAUGGCUGCCUCGGGGAGCUGAGGUUAAGAUCUGAUGGUGUCCCCUUGAGCUUCCUGGUGUUGGUGACAGGCUGCACAUCAGUGGGCAGAAUUCCAGACGCCGAGAUCUAUAAAAUCACCGCCACUGAGUUCUGCCCCCUGCAGGAAGAGGCCAAAGAAGAAGACCGCCUGCUCGCCUUGAAGAAAAUCCUGAGCUCAGGGGUGUUUUAUUUUGCAUGGCCCAAUGAUGGCUCCAGUUUCGAUCUGACCAUCAGGGCGCAGAAGCAGGGUGAUGACUGCUCUGAGUGGGGGACCUCCUUCUUCUGGAACCAGCUGUUGCAUGUGCCCCUGAGGCAGCACCAGGUGAGCUGUUGUGACUGGUUGCUGAAAGUCAUCUGUGGGGUGGUGACCAUCCGCACGGUGUAUGCCUCCCACAAGCAGGCCAAGGCCUGCCUCAUCUCUCGCAUCAGCUGUGAGCGCGCAGGUUCUCGCUUCCUUACCCGCGGUAUAAAUGACGAUGGCUACGUGUCCAACUUCGUGGAGACAGAGCAGACGAUUUACAUGGAUGAUGGAGUGUCGUCCUUUGUGCAGAUCCGAGGCUCUGUUCCGCUGUUCUGGGAGCAGCCAGGGCUUCAGGUCGGCUCCCAUCAUCUGAGACUACACAGAGGCCUAGAGGCCAACGCCCCUGCUUUUGAAAGGCACAUGGUGCUUCUGAAGGAGCAAUAUGGGAAGCAGGUGGUCGUGAACCUGCUGGGAAGCCGAGGUGGUGAGGAGGUGCUCAACAGGGCCUUCAAGAAGUUGCUCUGGGCCUCUUGCCACGCCGGCGACACACCUAUGAUCAAUUUUGACCUCCAUCAGUUUGCCAAAGGCGGGAAGCUAGAGAAAUUGGAGAGCCUGUUGAGGCCUCAGUUAAAGCUGCACUGGGAUGACUUGGGCGUGUUUGCGAAGGGCGAGAAUGUAAGUCCACGUUUUCAGAAAGGCACUCUGCGGAUGAAUUGUCUUGACUGCCUGGACAGAACCAACACUGUACAGUGCUUCAUUGCCCUUGAGGUCCUUCAUCUGCAGCUUGAGAGCCUGGGGCUAAAUUCAAAGCCCAUCAUUGACCGCUUUGUGGAGUCCUUCAAAGCCAUGUGGUCUCUGAACGGGCAUGGCCUGAGCAAGGUGUUCACAGGGAGCAGGGCCCUGGAAGGAAAGGCCAAGGUGGGGAAGCUGAAGGAUGGGGCCCGGUCCAUGUCUCGUACCAUCCAGUCCAACUUCUUUGAUGGGGUCAAGCAAGAGGCCAUUAAGCUACUGCUGGUUGGAGAUGUCUACAACGAAGAGUCCACAGAUAAAGGAAGGAUGCUGCUGGACAACACAGCCCUUCUGGUGACACCCAGGAUCCUGAGGGCCAUGACUGAACGCCAGUCAGAAUUCACCAAUUUCAAGCGGGUCCAAAUUGCUGUGGGGACCUGGAACGUGAAUGGAGGAAAGCAAUUCCGUAGCAAUCUCCUGGGGACAGCCGAGCUCACGGACUGGCUUCUGGAUGCACCCCAGCUCUCAGGAGCCGUGGACUCUCAGGGUGAUAGCAGCCCUGCUGACGUGUUUGCCGUGGGCUUUGAGGAGAUGGUGGAGCUGAGCGCGGGGAAUAUUGUCAAUGCCAGCACCACCAACAGGAAGAUGUGGGGCGAGCAGCUUCAGAAAGCCAUCUCCCGCUCCCAUAGGUACAUCCUCUUGACUUCGGCGCAGCUGGUGGGCGUCUGCCUUUAUAUCUUUGUACGUCCGUACCACGUCCCAUUCAUCAGGGAUGUGGCCAUCGACACCGUGAAGACCGGCAUGGGGGGAAAGGCGGGGAACAAGGGCGCCGUGGGCAUCCGCUUUCAGUUCCACAGCACCAGCUUCUGCUUCAUCUGCAGCCACCUGACGGCUGGGCAGUCUCAGGUGAAGGAGAGGAAUGAAGACUACCGGGAGAUCACUCACAAGCUCUCCUUCCCGGCGGGGAGAAACGUCUUUUCACAUGAUUAUGUGUUUUGGUGUGGCGAUUUCAACUACCGCAUCGAUCUUACCUACGAAGAAGUCUUCUAUUUUGUUAAACGUCAGGACUGGAAGAAACUUAUGGAAUUUGACCAGUUACAGCUACAGAAGUCAAGUGGGAAGAUUUUUAAAGACUUUCAUGAAGGAACCAUUAACUUUGGGCCCACCUACAAGUAUGAUGUUGGAUCAGCUGCCUACGAUACAAGCGACAAGUGCCGUACCCCAGCCUGGACAGACAGAGUGCUGUGGUGGAGGAAGAAACAUCCGUACGAUAAGACAGGUGAGUGCCGUGUGUGUGUGUGUGUGUGUGUGUGUGUGUGUGUGUGUGUGUGUGUGUGUGUGGCUGAGACACAAAGGGGGCGAGUGAGAAACACCGCCAAGCGAAAGAACCAGUCACUCAGCCCAGUGGCCUGGCUGUGUCAAUCACAUUGCAGACCUGUGCUGGCCAUCGUGGAGGUGGAGGUGCAAGAGGUUGAUGUGGGAGCCCGGGAGCGGGUUUUCCAGGAAGUGUCCUCUGCCCAAGGCCCGCUGGAUGCCACCGUUGUGGUAAACCUUCAAUCGCCAACCCUAGAAGAGAGAAAUGAAUUUCCUGAGGACCUGCGUACAGAACUCAUGCAGACUUUGGGGAAUUAUGGGACGAUUAUUCUGGUCAGGAUCAACCAAGGACAGAUGCUGGUGACCUUUGCAGAUAGCCACUCGGCUCUCAGUGUGCUAGACGUGGACGGUAUGAAGGUGAAAGGCAGAGCUGUGAAGAUUCGACCAAAGACCAAAGAUUGGCUGAAGGGCUUGAGAGAGGAGCUCAUUCGGAAGCGGGACAGCAUGGCCCCCGUGUCUCCCACCGCCAACUCCUGCCUGCUGGAGGAGAACUUCGACUUCACCAGUCUGGACUAUGAGUCUGAAGGGGAUGUUCUUGAUGAUGACGAGGACUAUUUAGUGGAUGGGUUUGGCCAGCCUGUGGCCUCGGACAGUGAACUUGGUGGAGACGACUCUUCCGAUACCAUGAGCUCCUCAGCAGCACCUGCCGGCAAAUCUCCUGCCCUCGCCAAAAAGAAGCAACAUCCAACGUACAAAGACGGCGCUGACCUGGCGAAGUUAAAGCAGGAGCUGGACGUUGUUGGGGAUUUUCGCCACCGUUCUCCGAGCAGGUCCCUGUCCGUCCCCAAUAGGCCUCGGCCACCUCACCCACCACAGAGACCCCCCCCUCCAACUGGCUUAGUGGUGAAGAAGUCAGCCUCAGAUGUCUCCAUCUCCGCCGGCACUCAUGGGCAGUAUUCAAUCUUGCAGACGGCGAAACUUCUUCCAGGAGCACCUCAGCAACCACCCAAGGCUAGAACUGGAAUAAGUAAACCUUACAACGUCAAGCAGAUCAAAACCACCAAUGCCCAGGAGGCAGAAGCAGCGAUCCGGUGUCUCCUGGAAGCCAGAGGAGGUAUCCCAGAAGCAGCCCCGGGGGCCAUGCCCCUGAGAGACCAAGGGUCUUCCAAGCCAGAGCCCAUGCUUGCAGGAGGCAAGCCGGAGGCCUCCCUGGGGCCCCCUGCCCUGCCCCGCCGGCCUGCGCCUCGGGUUCCAGCUAUCAAGAAGCCAACUCUGAGGAGGACGGGAAAGCCCACGUCACCCGAAGAACAGUUUGAACAGCAGCCUGUCCACUUUACGAUCGGUUCCCAGGAAACGAGCCUCGAGACCCCUCCUCCAACCACAGCCCCUCAGGUCGCGCCUGUUCCCAAACCGAGAACUUUUCAGCCUGGGAAAGGGAUCGAGAGGAGGCCGAGCAGCGACAAGACAGCGCUCGGUGAAGCGCCUCCCGUGACAGGUGCGACGGAGCUACCGCCUCCGGAGGCCCCGACCCUGGCUCCCAAGGUGCCCCCGAGGAGGAAGAAGUCUGCCCCGGCAGCCUUCCACCUACAGGUCCUACAGAGCAACAGCCAACUCCUCCAGGGCCUCCCGUGCCCCCCACCGCAGCCCGACGCCUACCCGCCCUGCCCGCAAGCUCUUCUUGGCGUUUCAUCUGCCGCAAGCCCUGAGACGGAUGAGCCCCGAGUGGCGGAGCCCGAGGUAGCUGCUUUCCAUGGUGAUGAUCCAGAUCCCUUCUGGAGCCUUCUCCACCACCCUAAGCUGCUGAAUCAUACCUGGUUACCCAGGAGCUCUGACCCUUUAGACUUGGGGUCCAGGAACUCGGAGAGGACACACACAGACCCAGCACAGGUCAGCGCCUCAGUGGCUGAGAGGGGGCUGCCACCAGACUGUGGCGGGAAAGACUUCAGUCACUGGGUGGCAGCCAGUAACAAAGACAAGAGGACAACAUUAGGCGUUUGAUCCACGGGCAAGGACGUGGCCCGUCGCCUUUGAAGAUGCUCGUUCCGGAUGUUCGCCCUCCUCGUGUGGGCAUUGCCUGGCCUGGUUGAGAGGGAUAUCAAUGUAAAGUUGCACUGAAAGACUUGUCACUCGUGUGUAGUUUGUAGAGAUUGUCUCCCAUUCAGUACAUCAUUCAGCGGCCACCAAAAGAUUUCAUUCAAGACCUGUGCAUUCUAAGCUUGCUCUCAGGGGGAUGGGAAAUGUGCUGUCGGAUUCAGCAGAUGGAUUUUAAAGGAAAGGAAUCUAGCUUGCCCAAGAUGCUCUCACCCACUGAAUUUUAAAUGGUUGUUCAACUUACGUGUGUAUACCAUUUGCCUGUUGUUUUUGUCUGCGUUUUACGGAUUCGGGGUAAGUGGUGGGUUCAUAAAAGAUAACAUUAAAAGCAGUUGGGACCAUUCAGAGCUGUUCUGGCCCACUUUAAAUCAGGUUAAGGAAGGGAAAAAAAAGUCAGCUGAAAACAGCAAAUAGGUCAACAGCAUGCCUGGACCGUGCAUUCUCGUGAGCCCCUUUUUAUGGGGUUGCCCUUCAUAGCUUCAGGCUCAGCAGGAAGACCUCAUCUGUACUGAGCAUGUGUGUGUGCUGAUGUUCCCUCAACACUACAGCGUAACAGGUGAGCACAAGAGAAUGUGUAGGAACUAUACACUGUGCCGUUGGGGACUUGGCAUCUAUGGAUGUGGGUACCUCAGGGUGUCCUGGAACGGAUCUCUCACAGACACUCAGGUAACUACCCAGGUGUAUUAACUCUGAUUAUGGAUAAGUCCUGUGGGAGCUGGUGGCAAUGGUGGCGAUCCUGUUUUGGUAGUGACAGGUGCACCAUGAACUUCCACGCCACUCAGAUAUGGACCAGCUGACUCCUGCAUGCCCUCUACACGGCCAUGGUCCUGAGCUGUGGUAUGCUGCUUAAACCAAUUUCUAUUCACCCCCUGGAUGAAACCUCCUCCAUAUUGUUCAUGUUCCAUAAAGGCACAAAAUGUGAAAACUCGUACUGGCCCAUAAUGACUGAUUUUCAUCGGUGUAGUUUAUGAUGGUUCCAGGAGUGUUCUAGAUGGCUUUAUGAGGAAGUACCUCCAGGGCAAGGAGCGUGGUGGGCUUGGUAUCUGCGUGUCUCUUGGGUCUGUGUGUUACCUUCCCAUAUUCAUGCAUUUCUAAUACUUCUCAUCUCUUCUCAAGAACUGAUAAAGACAGCAUGAUGCUAUUUUAUAUUUUAAAAAUAUUGUGAGACCUACAAUCUAUUUUGAGCAGAUAUCACAUUUUUGUGUAUAAAAAGUUCCUUAGCUGAAGAAGGCCGAGAUUGCAGGGUCACAAGGUCAAGACCAGCUUGGGCAACAGAGCAAGAUCCCUUUUCAGAAAGAAGGAAAUUGAUUAGCAAACCUGUUAUGCCAACUUCCAUACUUCGGAGUCUUUCACAUCAUAGACCCAUACAGCAAUGUCCUGUGUGGCCUCUUUUGGGCACUCCUGCAGUGAAUGCUAAUGGUUGGGACAGCCAUGGUCAUUUUGCUUGGGACAUGCCACUCUCUUUAUCACCUACCAGACCGCUGGGAUUUCAGAAAUUAUUUUCAUGGUCACAUUCGAGAUAUUUUGUAAAUGGUUUAAAUCUGGCAUUCAAGAACAAAAGUCCAUGCAUCUACAUUCAUCUGAAAAUGGAUCAGAG